AUGUCUCUGUGGCAAUCCUACCGCAACCUCACCCCGCGCACCCGCCUCCUCCUGGGGCUCGGCAUAAUGGGCUACGCAAGUGUCGCGCUCAUGCUCUCGGACAAGGCGGAAGAAGCCCUUGGUAUGGCGCCGACGGAGCGGGAUAAGGAGGAGUUGGCAAGGGCGAUGCCGAAGAUACGGACCGUGGAUAAAGAGGCUUGA